GUUUACUCUAUCUGUUCCUCUAUGAAAAUGUUUACUCUACGAAUAGAAAACUUGAUUUGUGAAUCAAGAAUGUACUGAAAAGUCCAUAAAAAUCGCACCGUAUUAGUAGUUGGUGGAGUAUUUUGCAUUUUUAACUAUGACGCACAACUUUUAUCGCACUAUUCUUUUUUCCAUUGGGUAGAGCAUCAAGAAAUGCAUCUACUAUCAAAAUCUCACUUUGAAACGCGCUUUUUUGACUUUGUUAUGGCGAAAACAUUGAAGGAUAGUCGCUUAUUUUGUCUCUUUUUGCGGUUUUUAUGGACUUUUCAGUACAUUCUUGAUUCACAAAUCAAGUUUUCUAUUUAAUAAGAGCUCUCACAGUGCAUUUGGAAUUUUUUGACUAAUCAUAUGCGAAUAGCAUGUAAUGUUGGCCACAAAGCGAAAUAAUUAGGCUGACAUCAGUUCAAUCUAUUACUCAGGUCAUCACGAAACUCCGUAUCAAACCACAAUGAUGAUAGUCUUUCCUGAAAAAAACACAUGAUAGUGUUAUGGAUGUAACUGAAGAACAAUCAAAUGAUACAACAAAAAAAUCAAAAGAACAACAACUAAAUCUCAAAGAACGUUGUGGUCAUCUUGGUCCUUGUCCUUUACAUGGUCUGAAAUAUUUUGAUGUUGAACUGUCAGCUCUAACAGACUUUUUUGCAUGCGUAGAUAGUCCGGACGUUACUCUACAAAAUUAUGCAGCUCCCGGCUCUCUAGCUAUCGUCGUUCGGAC